GGAGGGCGAGGGAGGGAAGGUGGUGGCACCAGAGACUCUCCGUUGCCAUGGAAACUCACGCAGUGAUCUGCAAGUCGGGGAAGGCAAGAGGGAGGAGAAGCUGGUCAUGUGGCGAAGCAAGAUGGCUCCCGGAGCCUGAAGGCUGCAGCCUGAGCGCAGCGGUGCGGAGGUGCUGGCGGCAUCGUCCCUCUGUCUCUGCAUUUCUGCGCGCAGCGGACGGGAGAGCUGCAGAGCCAAUGUCCAGCCAAGUCUGCCUGAUCAGUCCCGACGUGAUCCUGCGACUUGCUGCGCCUUUACAAUGGCUCUUACCUUGUUUGAUACUGAUGAAUAUAGGCCACCGGUUUGGAAGUCUUAUUUGUAUCAAUUGCAACAGGAAGCACCACAUCCUAGAAGGAUUACCUGCACAUCUGAGGUAGAAAACAGACCAAAAUACUAUGGAAGAGAGUUUCACGGGAUGAUAUCAAGAGAUGAAGCAGAUCAGUUAUUGAGUGUAGCAGAGGGAAGUUAUCUUAUUCGUGAAAGCCAACGGCAACCUGGAACAUAUACUUUGGCGUUAAGAUUUGGAAAUCAAACCCGAAACUUCAGGCUCUACUAUGACGGAAAACACUUUGUUGGAGAGAAACGUUUUGAGUCCAUCCACGACCUGGUGACAGAUGGAUUGAUCACCCUUUAUAUUGAAACCAAGGCAGCGGAAUACAUUGCCAAGAUGACCAUAAAUCCAAUUUAUGAACACAUAGGAUAUACAACUUUAAACCGAGAGCCAACGAACAAGAAACAGACAGUGCCUGUGAAAGAUACGGUUGAUUGCAAAGAGUCAGGAGACAGUGAAAUAGUAGAAAAAAGGCUGACAUCACUUGUCAGAAGAGCAACUCUGAAGGAAAAUGAACACAUUCCAAAGUACGAGAAGGUUCACAGUUUCAAGGUUCACACAUUUCGCGGACCACACUGGUGUGAAUAUUGUGCCAACUUCAUGUGGGGCCUCAUUGCUCAGGGAGUGAAAUGUGCAGAUUGUGGUUUGAACGUUCACAAGCAGUGUUCCAAGAUGGUUCCAAAUGACUGCAAGCCGGACCUGAAACAUGUCAAAAAAGUAUACAGUUGUGAUCUUACCACACUAGUAAAGGCACACUUCACAAAGAGGCCAAUGGUUGUGGACAUGUGCAUUAGGGAGAUUGAAUCCAGAGGUCUCAAUUCUGAAGGACUCUACAGAGUAUCUGGGUUCAGUGACCUAAUUGAAGAUGUCAAAAUGGCUUUUGACCGAGAUGGGGAAAAAGCAGAUAUUUCUGUGAAUAUGUAUGAAGAUAUCAAUAUUAUCACAGGUGCACUUAAACUGUAUUUCAGGGAUUUGCCAAUUCCACUAAUCACAUAUGAUGCCUACCCAAAGUUUAUAGAAUCUGCAAAAACCACAGAUCCUGAUGAACAGCUGGAAAUACUUCAUGAAGCAUUGAAACUACUGCCGCCAGCACACUGUGAAACCUUACGGUAUCUCAUGGCACAUUUAAAGAGGGUAACGCUCCAUGAAAAAGAGAAUCUCAUGAAUGCUGAGAAUCUUGGCAUUGUUUUUGGACCAACGCUUAUGCGUGCACCAGAAUUAGAUGCCAUGGCCGCCCUGAAUGAUAUCCGUUACCAGAGACUUGUGGUGGAAAUGCUUAUAAAAAAUGAAGAUAUUUUAUUUUGAACUUUACCAUAGGUGUGGGUGUGCAUAUGUUUUCAAUGGACAGCAACAAAACUCCGGGAAUGAUGAAGGAAUCGUUUCAAAUAAUUGAGCCAGCUGCUGUAGCUGACUUGCUAAUGUGAGGUUUUGAUGUAUGAAAGAUGCUUAUUAGGUUGCUUCUGUGGCACCAUUCAGUCAACACUGGGAAAAGAGUAACACAUACUGUACUUUCCAGUCCCAGCAGACUGGGUGUCUCAUCAAGGUACAGAGAAUCUAAGCUUAUAUUAUCUGCUCCCUGUUCAUUUGUGUGUGUGUGGCUUCUGCUGCAAAAGGACACAAGAGGAACAGCACAGCAUCUGUGUUCUGGAAUAGUCUGUGAUUGUACUUUGGCAUGUGUAAAUCUGUUGUGGAUUUGUUUUUAUGUUCCAUAAUUGGUUUCUGAUAUUUCAGAGGAGAAAAGCAGAUUGCUGUGAAACAGGACCUCUGGCUAUUCAUUGACACCACCACCUAUCUUUCUUUUCCUAAAUUGCAGGAUACCUUCUGCUUAAGUUCGGUAAACUGUUUUUUAAUGGUGGAGUAAAUUUCUUUACCAGAACUACAGGGUCAAGCCUAACGUUACUUUAAGCAUACGCUGUCCUGCCCCCAGCAGCUGCUUUUUGACCAGAGAGCUUCCAUUGUCAGUAAUGGGAACUUGUAUCCCUGGUCAAAUAGCAGCCCCUGGGGCCCCACUCAUGCUGUGUAAGAAAUUUUUAAAAAGUAAGCGUGCAGCUGCGUAGCAUGUGCUUAAAGUAAUGUGUCGUUUGCUCCACAUUCUGCCACUUUUAAGUAAUGCCUUUUUGUAUGGUUCCGGUUACAAAUGGCAACACUGAAUGAAUGAGGAUUGCUUUGUUGUUGUUUUGAAUUGUCAUUUUGUAUUUUUACUGGGCAUGCGUAUUAAUUUAUUAAAGUUUUGCUUUAGAAUCUUA